CCUCCCAGGCUCCUCCCCAUCUCCAACAUGGCCGCGCCCAGGGGUACAAGCCGCACGUGAUGGAGUCCGAGCACCUGGAAAUUGGAGCGUGCAAGUGUGUGAGCAAGUUUACCUCCGUACCAUCGGUUCCAUCCUUUCGACCCUUACCUAGGUCCUCGCGGGCCCCUGUGUCUCUGCCGCCAUGAAGACAAAGCCUAUGUCCCACAAGACGGAGAACACGUACAGGUUUCUUACAUUUGCUGAACGAUUGGCAAAUGUGAAUAUUGAUAUUAUUCACCGGAUUGAUAGAACUGCAAGCUAUGAUGAGGAAGUCGAAACCUACUUUUUUGAGGGUCUGCUGAAAUGGAGAGAAUUGAACCUUACAGAACACUUUGGAAAAUUUUACAAAGAAGUUAUUGACAAGUGCCAGUCCUUCAAUCAGUUGGUCUAUCAUCAAAAUGAGAUAGUUCAGAGUUUGAAGACUCACCUGCAAACCAAGAACAGUUUUGCUUAUCAGCCCCUUUUGGAUUUGGUUGUACAGUUGGCACGAGAUCUGCAGACGGACUUUUAUCCACAUUUUCAGGAUUUUUUCCUGACCAUCACCUCAAUCCUGGAGACUCAGGACACAGAGUUACUAGAAUGGGCUUUCACCUCACUGUCCUAUCUUUACAAGUACCUGUGGAGACUGAUGGUGAAGGACAUGUCCAAUAUAUACAGCAUGUAUAGUACACUUCUGGCUCAUAAAAAACUACAUAUAAGAAACUUUGCUGCUGAGAGUUUUACUUUUUUGAUGAGAAAGGUUUCUGAUAAAAAUGCACUUUUCAAUUUAAUGUUUCUUGAUCUUGAUGAACAUCCGGAAAAAGUAGAAGGAGUUGGACAGUUGCUCUUUGAAAUGUGCAAAGGAGUUAGAAAUAUGUUUCAUUCCUGUACAGGGAAGGCAGUGAAGCUAAUUUUGCAAAAACUAGGACCAGUUACUGAAACAGAAACUCAGCUACCAUGGAUUUUAGUUGGAGAAACACUCAAAAACAUGGUCAAAUCCACUGUGUCCUACAUCUACAGGGAACAUUUUGGUCCACUUUUUGAAUGUUUGCAAGAAUCACUCUUGGAUCUACAUAGAAAAGUAACCACAACGAACUGUGGGGAAAGUUCUGAACAGAUAAGAAGGUUGUUAGAAACAUAUCUAAUACUUGUGAAACAUGGAAAUGGAUCAAAGAUAACCAAACCUGUUGAUGUUUGUGAGGUAUUAUGUCAAACAAUACACAUAGCCAAUCUUUCCACAACUUGCCGGGAGACACUCUUGGCUGUAAUUUCUGCUUUGAUCCUGGGUGAAAAUGUUUCCUUGCCAGAGACCUUUAUCAAAGAAACCAUACAGAAAAUUUUUGAGAGUGGAUUUGAAAGACGUCUAAUUUUGGAUUUUUCUGAAGUCAUGUUGGUUAUGAAGCAGUUUGAGCAGCUUUUUCUACCCAGCUUUCUCUUAUACAUUGAAAAUUGCUUCUUGAUUGAUGAGGCUGCUGUCAAAGAUGAAGCUCUGGCCAUUUUGGCCAAGCUCAUUCUGAACAAAGCAGCACCUCCUACUGCUGGCUCGAUGGCAAUUGAGAAGUACCCUCUGCUUUUCUCACAACAGACAGUGGGAUCCUGUGUAAGGCAGAAGAAGACUAGAUCCAAGGGAGGAAAAGAACAGAUCCCAGUGCUGGACCACCUCUUAUCUCUAAUUCAGUUACCUGCAAAUAAAGAUUCUACUUACCUUUCACAUUCUUGGGCAGCCCUUGUCGUGUUACCUCACAUCAGACCUCUUGAGAAAGAGAAGGUGAUACCAGUCGUCACAUGCUUCAUAGAGUCACUCUUCAUGAAUGUUGACAGAGAGAGUUUUGCAAAAGGAAACUUGUUUGUUCUUUGUCAAGCUGUAAAUACUAUGUUAAGUUUGGAAGAAUCUUCUGAAAUUCUGCAUUUGGUUCCUGUGGAACGUGUGAAGAAUUUAGUAUUAACAUUUCCUGUGGAGCCAUCUGUGUUGCUGUUAGCUGAUCUCUAUUAUCAGAGAUUAUCCUUAUGUGGCUGCAAAGGGCCACUUUCUGAGGAAGCUUUAAUGGAAUUAUUUCCCAGGUUACAAGCUAACAUUUCAACUGGCAUAUCCAAGAUUCGGCUUUUGACAAUAAGGAUCCUAAACCAUUUUGAGGUUCGACUUCCAGAACUGAUGGAGGAUGAUGGGCUCUCAGAGCGUCAGUCUGCCUUGGCUAUAUUACGCCAGGCAGAACUUGUUCCAGCAACUGUGAGUGAUUACAGAGAGAAGCUUCUUCAUUUGAGAAAACUAAGACAUGAUAUGGUGCAGGCUGCAGUCCCUGACGGGCCAUUACAGGAGGUGCCACUUCGUUAUUUAUUAAGCAUGUUGUAUGUUAACUUCAGUGCCCUCUGGGAUCCUGUUAUUGAACUCAUAAGUUCUCAUGCACAUGAAAUGGACAAUAAGCAAUUUUGGAAAGUCUACUAUGAACAUCUAGAAAAAGCAGCUCUACAUGCUGAGAAAGAGCUGCAAAAUGAUGUAAGAGAUGAGAAGUCCAUUGGAGAUGAAAGUUGGGAGCAGCCUCAGGAAGGAGAUGUCGGAGCUCUUUAUCAUGAGCAGUUAACAUCAAAAACUGACUGUCAGGAAAGACUAGACCACACCAACUUCCGAUUUUUGCUCUGGCGAGCUCUGGCAAAAUUCCCAGAGAGGGUAGAGCCACGGUCCAGGGAGCUUUCCCCACUUUUCCUGAGAUUUAUCCACAACGAGUAUUACCCAGCAGACCUGCAGGUCGCUCCCACCCAGGAUCUGCGCAGGAAAGGGAAAGGGGUGGCCGCGGAGGAGACUGAAGAGGAACCCGAUGCUGGAGAUGACGAAGAGCUGGAGGAAGAAGCGGUGCCCAUGGGUGAGCCCUCACAGAAGAAAAAGACCAGAAGAGCUGCAGCAAAGCAGUUAAUUGCUCAUUUGCAAGUUUUCUCAAAGUUUUCAAAUCCACGAGCCUUAUAUCUAGAAUCCAAAUUAUAUGACCUGUAUCUUCAGCUGUUGCUACAUCAGGAUCAAAUGGUGCAGAAAAUAACCCUGGAUUGUAUAAUGACAUAUAAGCAUCCACAUAUCCUCCCUUACAGGGAAAACUUACAAAGAUUGCUUGAAGACCGAAGCUUUAAGGAAGAGAUAGUGCAUUUUAGCAUUUCUGAAGAUAAUGCAGUAGUGAAAACAGCCCACCGAGCAGAUCUGUUUCCCAUUCUGAUGAGGAUUUUGUAUGGCCGAAUGAAGAAUAAGACUGGGAGUAAAACUCAGGGGAAAUCUGCCUCAGGGACCCGCAUGUCCAUUGUUCUGAGAUUCCUUGCUGGGACCAAACCGGAGGAGAUCGAGACAUUCUUGGACCUGCUAUUUGAACCUGUGAAGCACUUCAAGAAUGGAGAAUGCCAUUCUGCAGUCAUUCAAUCAGUAGAAGAUUUGGAUUUGUCUCAAGUUCUUCCUUUAGGUCGUCAGCAUGGUAUCUUAAAUAGCCUUGAAAUAGUAUUGAAGAACAUUAGUCAUCUGAUCAGUGCCUACUUACCAAAGAUUUUGCAGAUACUGUUGUGCAUGACAGCAACAGUCUCACACAUCCUUGACCAACGAGAAAAGAUACAGCUCAGGUUUAUUAACCCGCUGAAAAAUUUAAGACGUCUUGGAAUCAAAAUGGUAACUGACAUCUUUUUGGAUUGGGAGUCUUACCAAUUCAGAACAGAAGAAAUUGAUGCUGUAUUUCAUGGUGCGGUUUGGCCCCAGAUCAGAAGGCUUGGAUCUGAGAGUCAGUAUUCUCCCACUCCUCUGCUGAAACUAAUUAGUAUCUGGAGCAGAAAUGCAAGGUAUUUCCCUUUACUGGCUAAACAGAAACCUGGGCACCCUGAGUGUGAUAUCCUGACCAACGUCUUUGCAAUUCUGUCAGCGAAGAAUCUCUCUGAAGCCACAGCCUCUAUUGUGAUGGAUAUAGCUGAUGACCUUCUUAACCUUCCAGAUUUUGAACCCACAGAAACACUUUCGAGCUUGCCAGUGACUGGAUGCGAAUACACCGAAAGGACAGAUGAGUCUAUCACACUGGGAGGAAGAUUAAUUCUACCUCAUGUACCUGCAAUUCUCCAGUAUCUCAGCAAAACCACAAUAAGUGCAGAAAAGGUGAAAAAGAAAAAGAACAGAGCACAAGUCAGUAAGGAACUUGGCAUUCUGUCAAAGAUCAGCAAGUUCAUGAAAGACAAAGAACAAAGUUCUCUGCUCAUUACACUUCUCCUCCCUUUCCUCCACCGUGGCAAUAUUGCUCAGGAUACAGAGGUUGAUAUUUUGGUGACAGUACAAAACCUUUUAAAACAUUGUCUGGAGCCUACAAGCUUCCUCAAGCCUCUAGCAAAACUCUUCUCAGUUAUUAAGAAUAAAUUGUCAAGACAGUUGCUUUGUACAGUUUUCCAGACUCUUUCUGAUUUUGAGAGUGGAUUAAAAUACAUUACUGAUGUUGUCAAGCUUAACGCCUUUGAUCAAAGACAUCUUGAUGAUAUCAACUUUGAUGUUCGCUUCUCAGCAUUCCAGACAAUCGCCUCUUGUAUUAAAGAGAUGCAAACUGUGGAUGUUAACUACUUAAUUCUAGUCAUGCAUAAUUGUUUCUAUAAUCUGGAGUUAGGAGACAUGUCUUUAAGUGAUAAUGCCAGCAUAUGCCUGAUGAGUAUCAUCAAGAAGGUAGCUGCCUUGAACGUCACAGAGAAAGAAUACAGGGAAAUCAUUCAUCGUUCACUCCUGGAGAAAUUGAGGAAAGGAUUGAAGAGCCAGACAGAGAAUAUUCAACAGGAUUAUACCACAGUGCUUUCCUGUUUAAUUCAAACUUUUCCAAAUCAACCAGAAUUUAAAGAGUUGGUACAGCUUACUGAUUGCCAUGAUCCAGAAAUGGACUUCUUUGAGAAUAUGAAACACAUUCAGAUCCACAGAAGAGCAAGAGCCUUGAAGAAACUGGCAAAACAGCUUAUGGAGGGCAAAGUUAUGCUAUCUUCUAAAUCUCUCCAGAAUUACAUCAUGCCUUAUGCCAUGACUCCAAUUUUUGAUGAGAAAAUGCUCAAGCAUGAAAAUAUAACCAUUGCUGCCACAGAAGUUAUUGGAGCUAUUUGCAAACAUCUCUCUUGGUCAGCAUAUAUAUAUUACUUGAAACAUUUCAUUCAUGUCUUACAGACAGGACAGAUCAAUCAAAAGUUGGGUGUCAGUUUGCUAGUAAUAGUGUUAGAAGCAUUCCACUUCGACCACAAAACUCUUGAAGAACAAAUGAGAAAAAUUCAGAAUGAAGAAAGUGACUUUUGUUGUUUACUAAACAUAGACACAGUAGAAGUGAUUGAGUUGCCAGAGCAUGAAACCAUGGAAUUAGAGCAUAUGGAUGAGGAAGAGAAGGAAAACAAAUGUAAGAAUUUGUCAGACAACAACAAAGAACCGGGAAACCCCGAUCCAGCUGAAUGUCAAGGGGCAUCAGCUAAAGAACCUGAGUGUGUCACUGGGUCCAUCUCUUUCCUUCCUCGGAAUAAGGAAGAAUUGGAGAGAACAAUUAAAAAUAUCCAAGGAACCAUAACUGGGGAUAUCCUACCCAGGCUACAUAAAUGCCUGGCCUCUACGACAAAAAGGGAAGAAGAACACAAGCUCAUAAAAUCCAAGGUUGUGAAUGAUGAGGAAGUAGUUCGAGUUCCUUUAGCUUUUGCCAUGGUUAAACUAAUGCAGUCCCUUCCACAAGAAGUUAUGGAAGCUAACCUGCCGAGUAUUUUGCUGAAAGUGUGUGCCCUCCUCAAGAAUAGAGCACAGGAAAUCAGAGACAUUGCACGCAGCACUCUAGCAAAAAUAAUAGAAGAUCUGGGUGUGCACUACCUACAAUAUAUUUUAAAAGAAUUACAAAGUACCCUUGUCCGUGGAUAUCAGGUCCAUGUGCUGACUUACACUGUUUAUAUGUUGCUGCAAGGCCUCACCAACAAGCUACAAGUUGGGGAUUUGGACUCCUGUUUAGAUAUAAUGAUAGAGAUUUUUAACCAUGAGUUGUUUGGUGCCAUUGCUGAAGAGAAGGAAGUGAAGCAGAUCCUCUCCAAAGUCAUGGAGGCACGAAGAAGCAAGAGUUACGAUUCUUAUGAAAUCCUGGGCAAGUUUGUAGGGAAAGAUCAGGUUACAAAACUUAUCCUUCCAUUAAAAGAGAUCUUACAAAAUACCACGAGUUUAAAACUGGCCCGGAAAGUUCAUGAAACCUUGCGCCGAAUCAUAGCAGGAUUAAUUGUAAAUCAAGAAAUGACAGCAGAAUCCAUACUAUUGCUCAGUUAUGGGUUGGUCAGUGAAAAUCUUCCCCUGUUAACAGAGAAAGAAAAAAACCCAGCAGCCCCUGCACUGGAUCCACGUCUGCCACCCCAGAGCUGUCUUCUGCUCCCCCCAACUCCAGUUCGAGGUGGGCAGAAAGCUGUUGUGAGCAGGAAAACCAAUAUGCACAUAUUUAUUGAGUCUGGACUCCGGCUGCUGCAUCUGAGUCUAAAGACUUCCAAAAUCAAGUCAAGUGCACCUGUUCUGGAAAUGUUGGAUCCUUUUGUCUCUCUCCUCAUAGACUGCCUGGUUUCCAUGGAUGUGAAGGUGAUUACAGGUGCUUUACAGUGCCUGAUCUGGGUCUUGAGGUUCCCUCUGCCUUCCAUAGAAACAAAAGCAGAACAGCUGACAAAACACCUCUUCCUGUUGCUGAAGGACUAUGCAAAACUUGGAGCUGCCAGGGGCCAGAACUUCCACCUGGUGGUAAAUUGUUUCAAGUGUGUAACCAUAGUUGUGAAGAAAGUGAAGUCUUACCAGAUAACCGAAAAGCAGCUUCAAGUUCUACUAGCAUAUGCUGAAGAAGACAUUUAUGAUACUUCAAGACAGGCCACUGCAUUUGGUCUUCUGAAGGCCAUUUUAUCAAGGAAGUUGUUAGUCCCAGAAAUCGAUGAUGUCAUGCGGAAAGUAUCCAAGUUGGCAAUUUCUGCACAAAGUGAACCUGUCAGAGUCCAAUGCAGACAGGUUUUUCUGAAAUAUAUUCUUGACUAUCCCCUGGGUGACAAAUUGAGACCAAACUUGGAAUUCAUGCUUGCUCAACUCAAUUAUGAACAUGAGACCGGGAGAGAGUCUGCCUUGGAAAUGAUCUCCUAUCUCUUUGACACAUUCCCUCAGGGACUACUCCAUGAGAACUGUGGAAUGUUCUUUAUUCCUCUUUGUCUAAUGAUGGUGAACGAUGAUUCUGCCAUGUGCAAGAAGAUGGCAUCCAUGACAAUCAAAUCUUUACUCAGUAAAAUCAACCUUGAGAAAAAAGAUUGGCUCUUUGAUAUGGUUACCACCUGGUUUGGAGCAAAAAAGAGCUUAAAUAGGCAACUAGCUGCCCUCAUCUGUGGCUUGUUUGUGGAAAGUGAAGGAGUCUCUUUUGAGAGAAGACUUGGAACUAUUCUUCCUGUGAUUGAAAAGGAAAUUGAUCCUGAAAACUUUAAAGAUAUCAUGGAAGAGACUGAAGAAAAAGCUGCAGAUCGCCUUCUGUUUAGUUUUCUUACACUGAUUAGUAAACUCAUCAAGGAAUGUAAUAUUAUUCAGUUUACCAAGCCCUCUGAGACGCUGAAUAAAAUCUGGAGUUAUGUUCAUUGUCACCUGAGACAUCCACACAGCUGGGUGUGGCUCACUGCAGCCCAGAUUUUUGGAUUGCUCUUUGCCUCUUGCCAACCAGAGGAACUUACUAGAAAAUGGAAGUCUAAAACAACUAAAAAGAAGUUCUCAGAACCUGUAGCAGUAAGAUUUCUAACAAAUGACCUUGAACAAAAGAUGAAAAGUAUCUCCCUAGCCUCUUGCCAUCAGUUGCAUUCCAAGUUCUUAGAUCAAUCUCUAGGAGAACAGGUUGUUAAGAAUUUGUUAUUUGUAGCCAAAGUCUUAUAUUUACUGGAAUCUGAUUCUGAGGAUGAGCAAGGUGAGAUAAAAGAAGACAUGGAAGAACAAGCAGCUUUGGGAGAUGGUGUAGCCAGAGAGAAAAUAAGAAAACGCAAGUCCUGUGCAGAUGAGGAGAUGGACUCUGACAAAGAAGAAAACAAGGAGGCAAAGGAAGAGCACAGCAAGCCAGCCACACUGCUGUGGUUGAUCCAGAAGUUGUCCUGGAUUGCAAAACUGGAAGCUGCCUACUCACCUAGAAACCCCUUAAAGAGAACAUGCAUCUUUAAGUUUCUUGGAGCUGUGGCAAUGGAUCUUGGAAUAGACAAGGUGAAGCCGUAUCUCCCAGUGAUCAUAGCUCCUUUGUUCCGAGAACUGAACAGCACCUAUUCAGACCAGGAUCCUCUGCUGAAGAAUCUAUCGCAGGAAAUCAUAGAAUUACUCAAAAAGCUGGUUGGGCUUGAGAGCUUCUCCUUAGCUUUUGCCUCUGUACAGAAACAGGCUAAUGAGAAAAGGGCACUCCGGAAAAAGAGGAAGGCUUUAGAGUUCGUAACUAAUCCUGAUAUUGCUGCCAAGAAAAAGCUGAAGAAACACAAAAAUAAAAGUGAAGCCAAGAAGAGAAAGAUAGAGUUCCUGCGUCCAGGCUAUAAGGCCAAGAGACAAAAGAGCCACAGCCUGAAAGAUUUAGCAAUAUUGGAGUAAUGUGCUCCCUCUGCUGAUAAAGUAUCUCCAUUUACCCCAAAGCCUGAACUUCCUGGUAUAUCUGCUGGUCUGAAAUCACAGCAGAUUUUAUUAUUUAAGUUACAAUGGCAUAUAUUAUAUAUUAUACAGUUUAAUAUAAUCCUGCUCAUAUUUUUUUUAAUUAAAACAUUUCAUAAUAUUACUGUAUCUUCACUGUCUAAAAAAGCAAUAAAAAGCUUACAAAUUAUUUUUUUUAAGCACACUUUAAAAUAACAAGACAAUAUAGAAGGAAUAAAUCAAAUGAUUUACAAUACUUUUAGGGAGAAAAUUACAAAAUUUUAUCAAAGGGCACUAAAAGAAGGAUAUGCACAAAUGGAGGAAUAACCAUGUUCGUGGAUAGGAAGAUUUAAUAUCAUGCUAGUUCUUCCCAAGUUAGACCCCAUUGGCUAAAGGCAGGCAUAUCUGUGUAAAAUCCCAAGAUUUCUUCAGAUUAUCCUAAUAAGAGGAUUCUAAAAUUUAUAUAGAAGAUAAGCCGAGAAUAGCCAUGAUGUUCUUAAAAAGGGUAAUACGGUGAGGACUUUUCCCUGUCAGAUAUCAAAUGUUAAAUCACAAAAAAGUGCUGCCUGUAGUGAACAUGUGAUAAAUUCUACGUGAAAAUUAAGAAUUUUCUGCUUGUAAGACACAACUGGGAUAUGGUAUGUAGCAUAUACUGAUAAUGAAUUUGGUAGAAUCCAGGAUAUAAUGAGUAACUAUGAAUCAACAAAGAUAACCCAAUAGAAAAAGUGUCAGGAGAGAAAUAGUCAUUGCACAGAAAAGAAGUAAACAUUAAUACUUAGCUGAUGUGGCUGUACAGUUCUUAAAGUACUUAUGUACUUUAUGUACAUAUAUAUACUUAUGUUUCACUGCCUUGAGACACUCAAGCUACCCUGGCUACCCAAGUCCCUAGAUUCCCUAUUUCCGCACACCAAAAAUUACAAGAUUAAUACCUAGACUGGUAGAGGGUCCUCCUAUAUCAGCUAUGUCUAGUCGUUAAAUAUUUUGAAUCAGUCUUUUAUAAUUAGGAAAUUAUUAGGAAUAUGCAAGUUAAUAAUUAGGAAAUGCAAAUUAACAUCAGAAUGAAAUUCCAUUGAACCCUUUAGAUUGAUAAAGUUGACAGUAUCAAAUAUUGGCAAGCUUGGUGGAGCAAAGGGAACUCUUAUAAACCACUUUGGAAAACAGUCUGGCAUUAUCUUGUUCACCCAUAUGGUAUUAAUGGUAUCUUGGUCUCACUCUACAGUUGAUGUGGAAGCAAUAUUCUUUAGUGCUCAAUAGACGGAGGAAGAAGAUCCAUCCUAUGUGCCAGGCACUUUGUUAACAUUUUAGUCUUCAUAGUAUUGCUCAAAGUUUCCUAAAAAUUGGUUCCUAUUUUACAGAUGAAGAAACAGAGUCAGUUUAAAUAAUUUACCUAAGGGUAAUACAGAUUGCAGGAUUCAUACCCAGGAUUAAAAGCCUAUGUUCUUUAUAAUUUCUAAAUAUGGAGUCAGAAUGUAGCAUAAGGCAUAGAAAUCAAAUGUUCAAACAUUCUUGAACUUCAGCAUCUAUGUUUUGAUGUAGUUUGUCUCAAACAGGAGUUCUCACACUUCCAAGGAGUUUGUAAUGUUCCAAGAGCAUAAACAUGGUGCAUCACAGAAGGUUGAUUUCAAUUAAUUCUAAGUGAUUUAAAAUAUAUGUACUGCUUUUAUAAAAAUUUUUAAAAUAAAAAAUCAAAAGUUAACACUUAGGGAAAUUUCAGAAGAAGAAAAGUAAACAUCCUCAGGGAUACUGAGCACAAUUUAGUAAAUAAUUACUGAGUGCCCACUAUGUGCCAAGUGCACCACACUACAUGAAAGAGAUACUAACAGUAAGAUACAUGUCUUGGAGUGCCUGGGUGGCUUCUGAUUUCAGCUCAGGUCAUGAUUUCACAGUUCAUGAGUUCAAGCCUUGUAUCAGACUCUGCUGUCACUGCAGAGCCCUCUUUGGAUCCUCUGUCUCACUCUCUCUCUACCCCUCCCCUGCUCAUUCUCUCUCAAAAAUAAAUAUUGAAAUAUUAAAAAAAAAAAAAAAAGAUCCAGUCCCUACCUUCAAGGAGGUUACAUUUCCACAAGUUAAAGUGUAUCUCAUAUUCUAAUAACAAAAUUCCACCACUCUCAAUUUUUUUUUUAAUGUGAACACCUGACAUAGCACAACUACCAGAGUUAUAAAAUAGAAUAUUAGAACUAAAAGAAACCUUUGAUAGGAUCUGUCCAAGUCUCUUAUAAGAAAAAAAACUGAAGGAAUGACCAUUUGUGCCUAGAAUUCAUGUGUUCUAAGUUUGGUGCUUUUCCCAUUUUCAAGUUUCUCCAAAACAAUAUUCAGUAGAUUUUUAUAAAUAGCACUCAAACUCCUGUAACUUACCUGUACAGUUGUUUCCUGCUACACAAGGACCUCAUAAUUUAUACCACAUUAAAGUACAUGUAUGCUCUUUGUGAUAUUCUAUUCUUUGUGAUAAAACAGAUCCAGAUCAUCCAAGUGCUUGCCUUUGCUACUACUUCAUGUGCGUUCAGUAUUCAAGAUGGCAAGAGCAAUGUGCUGGGCAACAUCUGCCUGCCAGGGCCUCUCUUGCCCCAUACUUACAUUCUCACAGUGUUCCUAGACUGCUGGCUGGGGGCGUACUUAGCCACUUAGAUAUAAACCCAGCACCAGACAUGUGCCACUGACCAGAAGGGAACCCAAGUACAGGUGGGAGAGAUACUAUUUCCCUAGUUGACAUAUACCUACUAUUUAAACCAUGCACACAUCUGAGGUGCAGUAAUAUGCCAGGCACCACACUGGAUUCUAAGUAUAUAAAUAUGAAAAGGGCAGUCUGUACGUCCGGAGUGAUUUGGAAACGAUGAAACAAUGUUAAUUACAUGCUCAGUUAAUAUUAGGUGUAGCACUCAGAACACCUGGGCCUGAAAGACCUCCAGAAAAUACUUCAGAGACCAAAUUAAGAGUGGGUACUGGGGAACAAGUAAAAAAAAAAAAAAGUGAAAGUCUCACAAGUGAAAAGAAAAAGCCACAUUCAUUUGAUCUGAAUAACCAUAAGUAUGAAGGAAAGAGGCUAGAGGCCAACACCUAGAAAGACUGUGGCAGGGACAGGUAAUGGACCACUGGUGUUCCCAAGAACACUAGUAAGGGGCAUCAGGUUUUUUAAAUGCUAGUUGUCCAACUUAAAAUUCCCCCUAGUUUUAGUAAAUACAAGGGACUAUGUUUACUUCUGUCACAACUGUACCCAAUCCUGUAGUAGACUGGAUAGUUUGAAAAGUUCCUUUGAACAUAACUUUUUGAUAGCCUAGUAGUAAGUGUAUUUUUUUUAAAACCAAGAAUGCUUAAUUUCUCCCUGUACAACCACUAAUUUUUUACUUUUCACCAAAUUUACAUGUCCAAUUAUAGAUAAAAGAAAUGAAAGACAGUCAAGACAUCUUUUACAAUGCUUCUUAAAAUAGAUUUUUUUCAAUUUCCUUUAAUAUGUUGUGGAUUCCAUCAAAUAUAACCAUUUAGGAAUGUUUUUACUACCUCUACUAGUAUAGACAAAUUUACAGAAAUUAUUUUAAAUGUAUUGUGUCUACUUCAAUUAGCAUAAUUUUGUUUAAGCAGUUACAGUUGUCUGUGUUGCCAGUGUUGACAUUUUCAGGAAUUAAUGGUACAGUUUAUGGGACAAGCUUCUGACCCUGAAAUCUCACUUUGAGUCCUGUUCCCACCUCACUAGCAGGUGAUCCUGAGCAAGCCAACUCAUCAAAAUCUUGGGUCCACAUCCAUAAAAUGAAGACAUUACAACUGGUGCUACCUAUAUGACAGGGUUCCUAUAUGUAAAAAUUUUCCAACAACUAUAUGGUACUAUAACAUGACAAUUACAGAGGUGAGUGAGGUUUUAACUGCCAAAAUAAUUACUUCAGAUUCAUGCCUAUAACCAAAAGCUUUUAAACAAAACAGCUUAAAUAAAGCAGGCAUUAAGCAAAUGAAGACAUAUUAACUCAAACUAUGUUCCUAGCCUAUUGAAUCUAAUCUCUGGAAAAAACUUAAUUCAUUUUAGAGGGAAAUAUAUGAGUUAAGAUAUUUAUUAUUGUUUAUAUAAACAAGAUGCAACCACUGAUUCAAAAAUAGGAGGGUAUUUUCCUCAAUGAGAAUACAUUCUUUAAUAGGACUCUAUUUGAAUAAGAAUUCCAUACAAAUAGAAUAUAUAUACUUAACACAAGAAAGGAAGGAUUUUACAUUACACAAAACAGACAUUCAGUUGGUUCAAUCAUGGUAAGCUACCCUUCCAACCGAAUACUUAUAUUUAUUACAAAUAUUGCAGUCAGUUCAAUAUAUGCCAACAAUCACAGAGUUUUAACAUUUAGUAGCACGAAGCACACUUAACUGUUUCCAAAGGGAUAUGUGAUGUAGUUUUCAUUUCAGAGGAAUGGAAGUGGCUGAAUUACUGUCUGCUCUUUAAUGUUUCAACUAACCUGUGAAAAGAAAAUGAACAGUUUCAUAAAAUUAACCUCAAACUUUCAGGUAUAAAACAUGAUCAUUUAUAGUAGGUUUUAUACUGGAAGUGGAUUCCAAAGCACUUUAAAUGAUGAAAGCUAAGAUAGUUGUAUCAGAAGAAUAAAGUUAUGGACUCAAUUUCGAUGAAGGCCUCUCUUAGCUUUUACUUUUAUCUAUGCUCUGAAUGAAAAAAAAAAAAAAAAAAAAGACCAAUAAUCUACUUUCCAGGCUGUAACUACUGCAGCAAGGCCAGAUGUGGAUAAUUCAGAGGUGAAAACUAUUCUCAGUCCUCAUGGAGCUGAAAAUCUAAUGAGCAGAUCACAAAUCAAUUAUAAGACAGUAUAACUACUACAUUACUACUGGUCUGUGACAAGGAUACCUACAUGUGCGGUAGGCAUUGGGCACGGAGAGGUGCAAGGAAAGGUUCUUGAGAAGAAGACAGUCUUAAUCUAAGUACUAAAGGAUAAGGAACUGGAGGAUGAGGUAAAGAAGGAAAAAAGCUAAAAAAAAAAAAAAAGAAAUGGCAGAGAGGUGGCUUAUCUAACUAUAAUCAGGUGGGUGUGGCUGAAAUAAAAGCCAAUGUAUAUGAAGACCAGUGGAAGAAAAGGCUUGAGGAACUUAAUUUGAUAUGCUGCUAAGUAAUCUGAAUUUUGUCCUUAAGACUAAAGGGAAAUCACACAUAUGCACACCUGCACACACAAACAAAUGCACAAAUGGCUUCUAGAAACAUGAUACUUAACCAUUCCAUUGCCUCAUCAAGGCCAGUGCCUUUGGUUGCUGAAGUUUUGAAUAUUUGCCAUUUUCGGUCCUUCAAUGCAGGUAACCCAAGUGAAUUUGCCAUCUCUGAGGGAGUCAUGGCCUGCUCCAUGUCCUGCUUAUUUGCAAACACCACCAAAAUGGCUUUUCUCAGCUCUUCUUCCUAAAUAAAAUAGAAGCUACUUAAUUUUUUCUCAUCAAUUUGCCCCCUUCAAUUUGGGGGAAAAUGCUAACAAAUACAUUAUUUUAAAAGUAUAUUUCCUAAUUAUGAAUAUAUGAUGUUCUUUAUAAAUUAUUUGAAAUUACAGAGAAGAAUGAAGAAAACAAGCUUCAUCCAUAAUCCUAUCUUCCAAACAUGAUCACUGUUAACACUGUGGGUAUUUUCUAUUGCUUUGUAAUUUAGAUACUUAUAGUUUAUUUAGUAAAUACAUUUACAUAUUUGAAGAUCAAGAUAUAUACACACAGUUCUAUACUCUGCUCUAAAAAAAUAAACAUUUAGGGCACCUGGGUGGCUCAGUUGGUUAAGUGUCCAACUAUGGCUCAGGUCAUGAUCUCACAGUUUGUGAGUUCAAGCCCUGCAUCAGGCUCUGUGCUGACGGCUGAGAGCCUGGAGCCUGCUUCCAAAUCUGUCUCCUUCCCUCUCUGCUCCUCCCCUGCUCACACUCUCUCUCUCAAUAAUAAAUGAACAUUAAAAAAUAUUUUUAAAAAAUAAUAAACAUUAUAUCAUGGAUAUUUAUCCAAACAACCAAAAUUUUUUCAAAAAAAAAAAAAUUUAAUGGGGCGCCUGAGUGGCUCAGUUAAGUGUCCAACUUCAGCUCAGGUCAUGAUCUCGUGGCUCGUUUGUUCAGGCCCCACAUCAAGCUCUCUGCUGUCAGUGCAGAGGCCACUUAGGAUCCUCUGUCUCCCUCUUUCUCUGCCCCUCUCUCACACACGCACAUGUGCACUUGCUCUAAAA